ACAGUAAGGUGACGAAUCUAAUCGGUAAACUUUUCUGUUCGCCAUACAGACAGAGACAAACAGCUAGUGUGUGUUUACUACGGUGCUCUGCUGCUUCAUCGACAGCAAUUUAAAACAUCCAACAUGCAAAUGAAACUAACGCACUAGUGUAAAAGGAAAAGAUGGAGGACGUGGCCUCCACUCCGGUUCUCGCAGGUCCAUCCCAAGCCACGUUUUCCCAUCCGACUACCUCGGUGCGCCGUAACAGGAAGUCUGGUACAGCUAACAUUUUCCAGGGGGUGAACCUGAAGCAGCUCAGACGUCUGUUCCACGCAGCGGGUGAACCAGACGCCGAGCAGAAAGCCAGGAUGGUUUGGGGAAAUCGGAGAUUGGGAAGCAGCGAGGACGGAGUGGACGGGGAGGAGGAAGAAGAGAAUGGAGGGACGAAGGAGGUGGAAACGGGCCUUGCCCAGGCGCUGGUGGGACUAAGGGUCCGAGCUCGGAACAGAAAUGGAAUCAGGGAGUCUCACAAGGACACUGCGGGAACAAGAUGGGUCAGGGCGUUUGGUCACCUCAAAAUCAACGAGGGGUCACUAGGAAAACAAUCUGAAGUCACAACCGGAGAUGACGCUGAUGAAAAUGAAGACGGUGCAUCAGCUCUAGGUGCCUGUGGAGGGCCGAGCACAUUUGAGGUCGCAUCAUGUGAUCAAGAUGACUUCCGGUCCCCGGAGGAAGAGAGUCAGGGGCCGUCCGGUGGGCCCAGAUGGAGUUGGAAUGCCGCUCAAGAGAAAGACCCAGAACGCUACCUGCACCGAAUCCGACACUGACACUAUUGGCAGGAAGUGGGAUUAUCGCUGACUGCUAAAUGCAUGGAAUUAGAUUACUGCCUGAGAGAUGGUGGUUGUUCUCAGAUUUACUUGAAACUUAAACGCUAAUCGAGCCAUGAACACUACAGCCCUGCGGGGCUGAGAACAAACUUUAACAGUAAAUCCACCGAGUCCUCUA